AGCUUUUCCUUCACCUCCUUCUUCCUCCUCUCCUGCCUCCUGCGCUGGCGGUGGUGACCUGCACGCUGCACUUUUAUGUGGAAUGGAUGAGAAUCGUCAGUUUUGGAUCGAUAUCCAGUGUCAAACGUUCACAAAUUGGAUCAAUCAACAGAUAGAAUCUCCUCAGAUCACUGACAUUUCAAAAGAUCUCGCAAACGGAGUAGCUCUCAUACGGCUUAUCGAAGCUUUACAAGGGAGAAAGUACUACGGAAAGAUCUACGACGAUGAUCCCUCUGAAAUUCAAAUGUUGCUCAAUGUACAAAUGGCUUUGGAUGCACUUAGAGAAGAUGGUGUAAAAACAGUAAAUAUAGGAAGUCAUGAUGUAGUCGAAGGCAAUACAAAACUUAUUCUUGGUCUUAUAUGGUGCCUUAUCCAGCGAUAUCAAAUCGCAUCUCGAAGUAAAAUUCCUCCAAAAAAGCUUGUUAUGGCUUGGAUCCAGUCGGUUAUACCGGAGCUGAAGCUCACUAAUUUUCGAACCAACUGGAAUGACGGAAAAGCACUGAGUGCUCUUCUCGAAUACUGCCAGCCGGGAUUGUGCCCGGAAUGGAAGGGAUUGGAUUCCGAGCAGGGCCUUGCAAAUUGUGAAAGAGCUCUUAAGCUGGCCACGCAGUACUUGGCAAUCCCUCCUAUUAUUUCUGCUGCUCACCUCAAUAGUCCUCAUUUGGAUGAAUUAUCGUGUAUAACUUAUUUAUCGUAUUUUAUUAUGCGUGGAGCUUGCGGUUACAGGGCUACUCUUUAUAGAGUCCAGCAGCUCCUGCCUGACAGCGUUGUAGAAGACUUUGAGAUGUCAUGGUGCGACGGAUACUUGUUGUCGUUGCUAGUCGAAGCUGUUGGAGGACCGGUUGUCGAUGUGGAGCAGAUGAGAUUUGAUACGUUUGAAGAUUGUGUUGAAAACAUCAACUUGGCACUCGAAGCAGCCGCAGUGAUCGGAGUGGGAUCACUUGUUGGGGCUGAGGAUAUUGCCGAUCCUCGAGGGGAGCAUUUGGGUAUUAUGGCCUUAGCUGCAGCUUUAUGUUCUGUUGGACCUCAACCAAAUUUUCCGACAACCCAGUGCUUUACAAAUCAGCAGGUCAAUCUUGAUCUGGCAUUUGCUGAUGGAGGUGAGGUGCGUGUUGAUGAACUUGGGGUGAGAGUGAUUGGUCCAGCAGGCCGCCCUGUCUCGGCAGAUUCGGUGAAGCUUCGCAAAAGUCGCACGUCAUCUGGCGCGGUGUUGUCGAUCAUUCCGAAAGAAUCCGGCUAUCAUCAGGUGCGAAUCUACUGUCAAGGGGUCGAAUUACCGUCAAGCCCCAUCUCAUUGCACGUUCUGUCACCGGAAGAAUCUCGAGCCGCGUCACGAGCAGCGAUUUCGACGUCACGUGACGAAAUCGUGGCAGAAACACGUGCCAACGAUCUUCAGACGAACAGUGACGGCAACGGCGUGCUGCUCCAGAAGUCCGACUCCGGUUCGGACGUCGACAUUUCGCACAAAUCUUUCGCGCAAAGACGGCUUCAUAUUAUCAAACAAUUAGAGACACAAAACGGCUCGGUAAAGAAGAAGACCUCACAAAAAAUUCAAGUUUCUCACGAGCAGCUGCCGAAAGCAGGCAAAAAUAACGAAAAGGCUGUCCUCUUCGAGAACACAACACACCAGGAGAUGGCUCAAAGACCGCCUGACAUCGGGCUGGUAUCUUUUUCGGGUCUGACCGAACCAUGCAGUGUUGGCUCAAUUGUGGAAGUAGUGAUCAACGCUCAUGGAGAUUGUGCGGCCGGAUCGGUUCAAGUGGAUGCCGUUUCACCCAAUGGUCGACCGCAACCGUGUGCGGUGACUAAGCGUGCUAAUUCCUAUACAGCUAGUUUUACACCUCAACAAGUUGGCUUGUGGAAAAUCGGUAUCUUAUACGAAGGCGAACACAUCCGAGGGAGCCCCUUCUCAUGCCAGGUAUUCGAUGCUGGAUUGGUAGAAGUUUAUGGACUUGACGUUGGAUUAGUCGGACAAGAGUUGAGGUUUAAUGUCAACGCUAGCGAGGCUGGACGAGGGACUCUAGAGGUCAGUGUUCUGCGACACGGUCGUCUCAUCCCAUCGACAAUCGAGGAAGAGUCGACCCCGCAAUUGUAUCGGGUUAACUUCGUACCCGACGGUGCAGGACAAUAUAAAAUCCACGUAUUAUACAACAGAAUGGAAGUGAAAGGCUCACCCUUCAUUCUGGAUAUUGCCGACGCCUCAGCUGUAUCAGUAUUCGGUGAGCAGCUUCGUGGGGCUUCCGUGGGUCGGCCGGCCUCUUUUAUGAUCCAUGCUGCUGCGGCUGGACCGAACGAUAUUACUGUUGAAAUUACAGCUCCAUCGGGCAAACGCCGUCAUGGUGUGGUGACAGCGCUUGAUGAUGUUUCAUACAAGGUCGAAUGGAUUCCUCAGGAAGCAGGAGAACACAGUGUCGACGUUCGAAUCUUCGAUCAAAGCGUACAAGAUUCACCUUUUGCGUGCAACGUAGGAGCACCGGAGAAGGUUGUUGUACGAGCCGUACCCAGGCGAAUUUUGUCCAAGGAUCUGCACACCGAGCACAGUUUUGAAAUCGACGCCUCAUCGGCGGGCUCGGGUAACUUGGAGAUUAUGAUCAACGGUGGACGAGUACCAUGUCGUGUGAAGGAGAUCGUGAAUCGGCAGUACAAAGCCGUCUUCACACCUACACAAAGUAUAACGCACACUAUUGAGAUGAGAUUCAACGGCGAAGAAGUUGCUGGCAGCCCGUGGCACAUACCCGUUGAAGAUCGACCCGAGAGGCGAUAUGAAACGACCCGUACUACAUCAUACUAUUCGGAGCUUUCUGGCGCUGGGCUUGUCCGUGCGCCAAUCAAUAAGAUAGCUUCCUUCGAAAUCACUGGCGAAGGAUUGGAAACGAGUGAUAUUCAAGCGAAAAUUUACGGACCUGACGGCCGUGAAUUUCCGGUGCAUAUAAUACCACGUGGGAAUGGUCGAUAUACAGCAGAGUAUCGCGUAGAACAGGUCGGCGAGCAUCAUCUGACGGUAUGGAUCGCUGGACGGAAGGUGGACGGCAGUCCGUUGUCGGUGGCAGGCUACUCGGCGGAUCGAGUGAGGCUCGAACCGCUCGGGGGCGGUGCAGUCGGGCAUCCUGUACAGUUUGUCGUUGACGCCGUCGACGCCGGAAAGGGCCAGCUGGAAAUCUCAGUGAACCAAGGACGUGUGCCGAACAACGUUCAGAUGCAGGGUGCCGGAAGAUGCCUCGUCACUUUCAUUCCUCAACACCCUGGCACAUACGUGAUAGACGUGACAUUCAAUGGCGAACAAGUGCAUGGAUGCCCGAUCAAGGUAGAAAUUUUACCGAAGCAGGUCGGUGAAGUCAUUCAAGCAAAUCUCACGCCAACUGCCGUUUCCACUGCAAUCUCUGCAGGUGGUUCAAGUGUAGCCGGAGCAUUCCGACAGUCUCGAGCUCCCACAUCGCCUGGCUUGCUUCAGCACAGCCAUCAACGAUCAGCAGAGAACUUGAAUCCAAGAAGUCCAACGCUUUUGCGCGAAGCUCGAGGAAGAGCCGAAAAGCCGUGGACUUCAUCCUAUGCUCCCACAUCCACACGCCUUAGCUCCUCACUUUCACCCAAUCGUGAAUGGGCUGCGAGUAGCACAUAUGACAGGAUCUACGGUACAGAUAGGACCCUAUCCCCUAGUGAUCCAUCUCGGUCAAGGCACUUCGAAGAAACCACGGUGACAACUCAUCGCAGCCCAUCACCGCCAAAAACAACAUAUGAUCAAACCACAUACCAUAGACGCACGCCUUCUCCGCCUUCUGGUGUACGAUCAAGAGAUCUUGCUGACCGCCACUUUGGCUCACCCUCACCUACUAGCUAUGAAAGGAAGUAUCAGAGUCCGUUUGCUGGAGGAGUACGACAGCAGGAGAAAGCCUACAGGUCACCAUCACCCAUCAGUAGAGACGAAAUUCGUUCACGCACCAGUGACCGUGUGGUGUCUCCAUACAGAAACAUUCCAUCGCCAGCAACUGGCGAGCGAGUCCGCCGCGUUGAACAGAUAGACCCCGUGGCGGCUGAAGAAGAACGCGAAAGGCGAAGAGCGCAAGCCGAGCGAGAUAAAUUCUCUCCAUCAUCCGUUGGAUACACAGUUGCACAAUACGGACAACCAGGUAGCGUGACGAUUGACAGGAGUCAGUCUCCGAGUAGAUACACGCCGCGAUCGUACAACGGGACACUAGAGAAAAAAGAGCCAUCUCGUGACCGGCCCAGCCCGUCCGUGCGUGAGCAAAGACCUGAAUCUCCUGAGUACUCUGCUGUUUAUGAGCGGUUCGAGCGAAAACGUGAGGAACCACCACCUGCUCCGGCACAUGCUCCUCUUCCUGAACCGUCUAGAAGCAUUUCGGCUGAAGACCAAAAGAAAGAGUACAGGGCUCGAAGUCCACCUCCCGACUAUGAUUCUCCUUCGGUCUCCGUUGCUACCACAAUAAAGACUUACGACGAACCUAGUACUACCUACUCAGAAACAACUGCGAUCACACGCACGAGUUACACGAUCUCACCGAAAAAGCUGGACAAAGAGACAGAGAAAAGACCAGAAGCAGUACCUCGUAAAGGCAGUCCAGUCGAGGAGAAGAAAGGAGCGAAGGAUGAUCUGAGCUUUUUGCGAACACAGUCGGAGUUUAUCAACCGAGGUGGCGAAGUCCCUUCGUCAUUACCACGAACGGAAGAGAGAACUCAAAUAUUCGAGCCCAUAACCGACACAACCGAAAAACUGAGCCGAACAAAGGAGUUGACGCCGCUGCCUCUGGCAGAUGAGGUGCAGCGAAAUAUGGAAUACCGGCGAGUCCGUGCUGAAGACGAUAAGAUCCUUCAGAAGCACGGCUACGGAAAACGAUCGUCGCAUGAGCCAUCGAUUGAAAUUCAAGAGCCAGCAUCGGACAUCCGUGACGACGUCAUCGAAGUUGCUGGAUCGAGAGACAAUCUAAGCACUGGUGAAAGGACUGUGGACGCAGCUAGCCCACCACAAGUUGAAGCCCUGGAACCGGUUGCUGAACUGCCGCAUUCGCCAGCACCGUCAGCAAAGUCAACACCUCAUACGACGCCGAAAACAAGCAUGAAAUUCAAGAAGGAUGGUAAAGAAGGAAAGCCGUUUGAAUUUGGCAAGAGCAAGUUCACAUCGAAGCAUGAAGUAGUGAAAAGAGGAAAGGAUGUUGAAGUAAAGCUGGAAAAUCUCAAACUUUCGAAAGAAGAUACGCUUCGUGUUGUUGUACUCCCCCCUAUGCGCGGACAAGCUGCUGCUUCUGGUACUCAGCCAGAGCUUGAGACAAAGGUGAAAAAAAGCGGCAGCAAAUACGAGAUCUCAUUCAGACCUACGGAAGUUGGAACUCAUAAAGUGCUCGCUUAUGUAAAUGAGAUCCAGCAUCCGCUCUCACCUUUCCCAAUUCGUGUCUAUGACUCUUCGGAGAUCAUCGUUGGCGAAAUACCCGCCCGCUCGAAUCUGAAUGACACAGUAGAAUUUACUGUUGAUGCCGGUCGAGCAGGAUUUGGCAACCUUGAAAUGGCCAUAAAGGAUGCUGACGGUGUGAUUAUCCCAUCACAUGUAGCCCAGCUUGAAAGUGGCACCGCCAAGUUCCUCGUAACGUUUACUCCAACAUCUCGAGGACAGCACACUGUAAACAUUACUUUCAAUAAGGAGGUGCUCAAAAACUCGCCAUUCGAAGUGCUCAUAACUGACCCUCCUGCACCACUAACGGAAACAAUGACAGAAACCGCAUCGGCUUCACCUUCCCUUUCCAAGAAGGAUACGAAAAGGGAGAAGGAAGAUAAGAAGAAAGAGGAGAAGGAGCGUGCAAAACGCGAGAAGGAGGAGAAGGCAGCCACACUGAAAAGGGAUAAGAAGAGCAAGCAUAAGACUGUCUCUAAAACCUCGGUGACAAAAAUCCCGUCACUUUCGCGAGUUGGUCAACCUUCAAGUAUCAUUGUUGAAGUUGCUGGACACGACCAAUUGGAAAUUACAAUCACAGAUAACAAAAAGAACCAAAUUGGAACAGAACUCAUCGAAAUUGAGCCAGGUGUAAUGCAAGUGAACUUUACACCUCAGGUUGUCGGAGAUCAUGACAUCGAGGUUAAGUAUGGUGGAGUACCCGUAACGGCAAUUCCAUUCACAUGCAGAGCUUACGACCCGACAAAAAUCAAAGUCGGUGCUAUUCCAAAGGGUCUUUUGGAUAAGCCGGUUUAUUUCACAGUGGAUGCAUCCGAAGCUGGAGUGGGAAACCUUGAAGUAGCUGUGAAUGAUGGACGUGUGCCAUCUAUGGCCCAUGCUCUGGGACAACACCGUUAUGACAUCUCAUUUGUACCCAAGGAAAAUGCUGAUCACACCAUUACGAUCAGAUUCAAUAAUGAACCGGUGCCAGGCUCACCAUUCACUUGCCAACUCGUGUCUGCAGCCCAAGCGUCUGCUUCUGGACCUGGACUUGAGCGAGUGCCAGUCGAUGAGUUAACUGAAAUCAAAAUCCAAACCAGUGCAGCCGAUGCCGAACCUGAGGUACGAGUUCGUGAUCCACAGGGUAACGAUCUCCCCGUGGACAUCUCACGCAGUCGUCACGAUGACACCAUGUGUGUGGCUACUUACACUCCAAAAUGUGUCGGAAACCAUCAGGUUGACAUCUCGAUGCUCGGCGAGCCCAUUGCCGGCUCUCCCUUCACCGCCAAAGCUUAUGAUGCGAGAAUGGCCCGGCUCAGCCAAUGUGAUCAAGCCAUCGUUGGAAAGCCAUGCACUUUUGCCAUAGAUGCUGCCCGAGCUGGAGCUGGUAACAUGGAGAUUAUAGUAUCUGUGGAUAAUCGUAAUGUGCCAAAUUUUGUCCAGGCCGAGGGCCAGGCAAAAUUCAAGGUGUCCUUUACGCCGCAAGAGGCUAAAGAACAUGUGAUAAGCGUACGAUUUAACGGUGUUAGCGUGCCAGGAUCGCCAAUGAGGUGCAUGGUGGAAAAUGCACCUUCGUCUGCACUUGCCGCGGCUCCGCUCGCUACCAUGGCCCCGUCGGUGUCAACGGGAUUGACGGGGCUUCCUCUGGAGCGACAUGCUGUAGAGCGUACGGAGCGUACGGAACGUACGGAACGUACGGAGCGUUAUUCUACAGAUCGUGUGGAGAAGACAUCGUUGAGCAGCGACCUCAAGCAUGCGCAGGUUGGCCAGAAACGCGGUUUCACGAUUGCGAAUCCAAGCGGACGAGCUGCGGAGUGCAAUGUGGUUGUCAUUGGACCACACGAAGUCAUUAUAUAUCUUGAUGGAGAAGAAUUGAAUGACACGCCCAUCAUUGUUCCCAUUCAAAGUGGUCGAGCAAAGUUUCCUACGGUAUGCUUCACUGGAAAAAGAUAUUCAUUUGACAUCGACGCCGACAAUAAGGACAGAGUUCGUGUGGACAUUCGAGAUUCACAUGGGCGAGCAUUGCCAGUGCAGAUCGAGGAGCUACCGGACAAGAUUGUGCGAGCCUCAUGUCGUUUUAAAGAGGUUGGCUCGCACUCUAUCGACACAUUCGUCGACGGUCGAGCGAUCGGCGAGCGAGUGCUUCAACGGGUUGUCGACCCAGUGAAUGCCGUCCAACUCGUCUCGGAAGUGAAAAAAGAAGUCGUCAGCGAACGAGCGGAACACAAGAUUUUAAUCGUGUCCGGGCUCGAGGAAGAGGUCGAUGUUACAAUACGCGAUCGUGACCGAAAUUCGCAAGCAGUGACGUUAUCGAAAGUGUCCGAUACUUUAUGGUCAGCUUCUUGGACUCCCAAGAUGGAAGGAAGUCACGAGCUGGCAAUUUCUGUUGCUGGUAUACCGAUUACUGGCUCUCCAUUUGCCAUACCAGUUUUGGAUCCAUCGGCAGUUCGUGUUAUUGGUUUGAGAAACGAUCGCGUCGGAGUUGAACAACAAUUCAAUGUUGACUACAUGAACAGUGGAGCGCUGUCGGCUUCUGUAGAAAUUCGUUGUGGCUCGAAUUCGGUACCAUGUGGAGUGAAACGAGUGAAACCCGGUUUACUGAUGUGCUCUUUCACACCGAACAUCAGCGGUCUUUACUUGAUUGACGUACAUAUCGACGGGCUCGUUCUUCCUGAAUGCCCGUACGAAUGCAACAUCACAUCCGAAGGCGCAGUUCGUGCCACUGGCGAUGCACUCUUCAAAGCCCAACGAGGUCGCACCGCUCGCUUUGAGGUAUCCCUCAACGAUGCGACUCGUGGUGAACUUGACGUUUUAGUGUCAGAUCCUAACGGUGGUCCAUUGCCAGUGCGAUGUUACCGACAGCAAGAUGAUAGUUACUGGGUUGAGUUCACUCCUGAACAAACUGGAACUCACAACAUCGAAGUGACAUUCGGUGACGUCCCUGUAGUCGGUUCGCCAUUCAAAUGUGAGGUGGUAGAUCCCAAGAAAGUCCGCGUCAAAGGCCUCUCAGACGCUUUGCUCCUUCGCCAUGCUACAGUAGUCAACGUUGAUCGCCGGCAAGCGGGUGCGGGUGAUCUCACUGUCGAAGUAACCGAUCCAUCUGGAGCACCUCUGAAGGUGGACAUGUUGAAAUCUCCCGGAGGAGAGGAUCGCGCAACUUUCCUGCCAAAUCAAACGGGACCACAUAAAAUAAACGUGAAAGUGGCUGGAUUCCAGAUUCCUGGUUAUCCACAAACCGUAGUUGUAUCCGAACAACAACUGCCAAGCGUUUAUGGAGCAGCUAUUGAUCAUUCAAUCAAAAUCGACGAGCCAGCCAGCCUCAUAUUCGAUCCAAAAGGAAGCAACGGUGGUCUCAAAGUGAAUGUCAUAGGACCCAGAGACAACAAGGUUCGGCAUAAAGUUAUGCGGCGACCUAAUGGCACAUCCGAAGUGGUGUUUUCGCCGGAGGAAGUUGGUGCCCACAUUGUACAUAUCGACUUCAAUAACAGACCAAUUGCCGGAAGUCCGUUUACGGUACGUGUCGUCGAUCCAUCAAAAGUGGUGGUGAACGAUCUAGACAUGGAUCGUGAUGGUUCAUUCUUGCUGCGCCUCGGCCAGCAGAAUGUUUUUGACGUCGACGCUACCGCUGCCGGACCCGGCAAACUUCGUGCUGAAGUUCGGAAUUCCGAGAGUGCGCUGCUCGGUGAAGGUCCGGCCGUCGACGACCUCGGCUACGGAAAGUACCGCGUCGCCUUUACUCCCAAACAUCCCGGACGAUACUCCAUCUACCUAUACUGGAAUGAAUUACCGGUGGAAAGCGCAUUCCCGGUACGAGCCCGCUCAUCUGAAGAGCGAAUCACGACAACGACGACAACAUCUCGUGAGACUCGUGAGACAGUAGCCCCUAUUGCACACGUCAGGGAUAAAUCAUCGUCCUCAAUCGAUGAUGAUGUGUCGCGAGUGAUGGUGCGAGGUGAUGGUCUACACCGAGCUCAGUUGAAAGAGCCAAAUGAAUUCAUUGUGGACGGAAGCGACGCAUCUAGAGAAGGACGAUUGACAGCGACGCUGUUCGGCACAAAAGCUGACGUUCCCGUUCGGGUUCAGCAGCUGGGGUACAAUGUGUACAAGGCCACAUACACGCCUUUGACUGGCGGCAACUAUGAACUUCACAUACUUUGGAACGGUAGUCACGUUAAAGGAUCUCCAUUCAAGCUGUCUGUCAAUGAUGGCGAACAACCAUUGAAGGUCACCGCCGAUACAGCAUCAUCUCCGGCUGAGCUGAUAUCCGUUGAUAGCUCCUCUUUGAAAAUUGGAAUCAUCAACGACGACAUCAAAACUGUGAUCGACACAAGACGCGCUGGUCCAGGACAACUAUCAGCGCAAUGUAUGGGACCAGUGAAGUUGGCGUAUUGCGAGUUGUACGACCAUAGAGAUGGCACUUACACUUUGAGUGUUAGGCCAACUGAGGUUGGAAAGCACACACUGGUCAUUAAAUACAAUGAUCAACACGUACGAGGCAGUCCUUUCCUUAUUCAUGUGUCGCUACCUCCAGAUCCUUCCAAAGUUCGUGUGUACGGACCUGGAAUCGAGCACGGAAUUCUGAGCAUGUUCAAAUCAAACUUUGUUGUUGAAACCAGGGGUGCAGGAGCUGGUCAGCUGACUGUUCGAGUUCGUGGUCCUAAAGGCGCAUUCAAUGUUGAAAUGCAGAGGGAAAAGAAGAAUGAGCGGACAAUCCACUGCAAGUACGAGCCAAAGGAGCCUGGAGAUUAUCAGGUGGAAGUGAAAUGGCAUGGCGAGCACGUGCCUGGAAGUCCUUUCCUUGUGAUGAUCGUCGACACAGAACAGGAACUGUCGCGUUUCCUCCGAGGUGAAGCCCCCUCACCCACUCCAGCCACCCCCUUCGUACCCCCUGGCUGGGUAGGACCACCGCCAUUGUUCCCUCCUCCAAUGGGCCAGCGUUACGGUCCCCCUAUGCCCAUGGGACCCCCGAUGGGUCCCAUGGGCCCGCCACCUCCGGGAGCUAUGAUGCCCUUCAACGGUCCCCCACCACCUCGGCAUAAAACCAAAUAUCAUUGAAGCGUUUCCAGUACUUCCAGACAAUCCUAGCUAAUCAGCAUUACCUAGAGUAAUAUUGACCUUAUCUAGCAUACAGUGUGUAUACCAGGUACAAACAGAAUUGUGCAUCCCUACUCGCACCUCAUCUUUGAGUUCGAGGUGCCUAGCCUUGACAAGGCCCCCAAAAUGAAAGGCUCAAAUCACCGCUACUUACGUGAUAAUCUUGCUGAAUGAGUAACAAAUCUGCCGAAUAACAUUGAAUGCUCAGAUAAAUUUCUAAUUGUAUCAUUUAGCGCGGUAGAACUUCUCUUAUGUGUUGUAUAUGUGCUAGCCUUUCUUAUCAAAUUUGUGCUCCUCACUUGGCCACUCUUUUCACUUCUCUACUUUCUUUCUUUUCUUGUCCUUGUUUCAUAUAUUAUGAUAUGAUUUUGUUGGUCAUUAUUAUCUUCUUGUGUUUAUACAUUUAGUAAGCUUAUUUUGUUCGACUACAAAUGUAUUUGCUAAUCGCUAUGCUGUCAUCGACAUAUUGAGAGUCUCCUAUUGUUUUGAAUAUAUCAGAGCUGUUUUUUUACAUGAGUGAUAUAUUUAGUAUUAAAGUUUUAUAUAAGCC